UGAACACAGAGGAGCAGCAUUCAGCUUCAAUGCACCACAAAUCUGGAACAAACUCCCAGAAAACUGCCAUACCGCUGAAACACUGACACAGAGUUCCUUUGAAUCAAGGCUUUUGAAUCAGAAUUGCUUUUGAUUGAUAAUAACUGGCACAUUGAUCAAUAUAUUUGCUUGAUGUUGGCAUUUGACAAAAUGUCAUACUCCUUGGUUACGGCAUUAUGUUUUCAUGGUGUAAAGCAUUUUGAACUACCUUGUUGCUGAAAUGUGUGAUACAAAUAAACUUGAUUUGACUUUUCGCUUGAGCUGAAUUCAGCAAUCUCAAUACAUUUGUGCCUGACUUAUUGCAAUAUGGUACUGCGAUAUGUGAUACAGAUUGUCUGGCUUCAUGGUGGAAUGUUGAGUUGGGGCCUUUUGAGUCAUAGUCACGCCCCGUUUAUCAGUCCUGAAGGCAGAGUGUCAUAAUCGAGUGGGAGGCAGCCAAGCGUUUAGCCAGGGUUUAAAAGAUGCUGCCUCCGUUCAGAGGUUUGAGUUUUUCACUUUGGCCUGCAAACAGGACAAAAUGAUGGGUCUGUCUGACUGCCGUAAGUUCCUACUGGUGCUUCUGCUGGGCUGUUCGGUCCAAGCCAUGAUAAAAAGGCGGACUCCUGAAGACUGCACUCAGAUUCGGAUCCAGAAACAACAUUCACCCAGCGGAGUUUAUGAAAUCCAGCCAACAGGAACCAGUACUCUGAUCAAGGUGUACUGUGAGAUGCGUCAAACGGACGGCUGGAUUGUGAUCCAGAGGCGAAGUGGAGGAGUGGUGUCCUUUAACAGAGGAUGGGCUCAGUACAGACACGGGUUUGGAUCCCUGAAAUACGACCAUUGGCUCGGACUGGAGAAGAUGCACAUGCUGACUAAGGACACGACCAAAGUGUGGACUUUGAGGGUGGACCUGUGGGAUCAUGAAGGUGGCCACGUGUUUGCCGAGUACCGAGACUUUAGAAUCGGAGACGAGGGAACGGCUUAUCGACUGCAUGUUGGGACGUACAGAGGAGAUGCAGGUGACGCCAUCCACGGUGCCUAUACAGGCGUUGACCAAAACGGUGCUGGCUUCAGUACCUUCGACCGCGACAACGACAACUGCUCCACGUGCCUUCAGGGAGACAUUGCUUUCGACAGGUGUACUGACAACCACGGCGGUGGCUGGUGGUACAGCAGCUGCGGCUCCGCUGCCCUGAAUGGUAACUGGCACUCUUCAGACGACCCGAAAUUCUGGAGGUCAGGUCUCCACUGGCUCACCUGGAAGCCAGUGCCUUAUUCGGCGAAGGUCAGCAGGAUGAUGAUCAAGUCUGGUUGAUGACCUCUGCUUUACAUCCAUGUUCCAAAUUUUAUCAUCUACUGGUUUUAAAGGUUAGGAAAAGAAGAUGUAAUGUGUAAAAUGCAAAAAAAUAAAUAGAUUGGCAAGUG